UAUUUCAGAUUGUAGCUUCACCCUCUCAGUGACAGUGAGACUGUGUACCUUGCUUUUGGCCUCUUUUCAGCAUACAUUUCUCUCAUUGGAUAUAUUCUUCCACUCCAUUGAGGAACCAUCACAAGGUCCACAGUGUCACUGUUUCCAUUUUUGGCUCCACUUUGUGUCCUCGCUCACAUCACACCUGGCUGAGAUCUCCCCGGCUGACCUUUCACCCCUCGUCCCGCCAUGGCCCUCUCCUCACGCUUAAAACUCUGGGAACAGAAGAUCAAGGAGGAGAAGAAGCCUCCAGCCGCCGCCGCCGCUACACAGCCUCCUCCUUCUCUCUCCACCGUCCCGGGAGGAUUCCUCAAACAGCUGGUGAGAGAGACCGAGAAAGAGGUGCGCCACAAAGAGCCAGAGCUCAAGGAGGAGAAGACGCCCAGGAAACUCAGCGACAACCUGGUCCAGAACUUCUUACUUCCCGACCAAACUCCACCGAUACUGGAAGCGGAGAUGGCGCUUCGAACGGAGCAGCUGGUGAACGGGGAACGUGGCCGCCACACCGCAUUGACAGAGAAGAAAACGUCCUCCCCCAGAAGGAUAAUGUCACCCGACCCAAAAAAUCCAAAAACCGGCUCAAAGCCUACCACUCCAGAGGUCAGCCCCAGGACAGAGACAGCGAAAUCUCCAGCACCACCACUGGAAAAAGAAGUGAAGAAAGAAGAAGUAAAGGUGCAACAGGAAGUUAAACCCCUGAAACAGGAAGUGCAAGAGCCUGAGUGUCAGAUCACUGUAACCCCCGUAAGAGAGAAGCCCAAGGUUCCAGUGAGGGAUGUGUGGUAUGAAGCUGGCAAAGUGUGGUAUGCUCACAAAGACGGUUAUACACUCGCCACUCAGCUAAAGCCGGACGAAGGCACACCGGAACUCCCUGAUGGCAGGGUGAGGGUUCGACUGGACUCUGAUGGAUCUGUCCAUGACGUUUCCCAGUAUGAGAUUGAAAAGCUGAACCCACCUGAGCUGGACCUGUGUGAGGACUUGAGUGACCUCGUGAGCGUGAACGAGUCGAGCGUCCUUCACACUCUGACCAGUCGAGCUAAAGGACAUCUACCCUUGACUCACGCUGGGCCCAAUCUACUGGCUCUGUGGCCUCCACUGUCCUCGCCAGGCAAGGGGCUUCGGAGCAGACGCUGGGAGUCCUGGGAGGCUCCUGGCCCACUGCAGGCUCUGGUGAGGAGGGUGUACGUGUCCAUGGUGGGUCAGCGGAGGGACCAGACGCUGGUGGCUUUGGGCCGCAGUGGCACAGGGAAGACCACUUCCUGUCAGUCAUUUUCCCAGGAGCUGCUGAAACAAGCGGGAACUGCGGGAGGAAGCCUUACCUUAGAGCGGCUCCAGGCAGUGUUUACAGUGCUGCGCUCGUUCGGAUGUGUGAGCUCGUCUCACAGCGAGGCCUCGACUCGAUUCGCUAUGGUGCUCUCACUGGACUUUAACCACGCCGGACUCGCUGCUGCUGCACAUCUGCAGACUAUGCUGCUGGAGAAAUGGAGGGUGUGUCAGAGGCCGGAGGGAGAGAGUAACUUCCUGGUUUUCUCCCAGAUGCUCGCAGGCCUCAGCACAGACAUGAGGACUGAACUGCAGCUGCACCAGUUAAAGGAACACAACUCAUUUGGAAUUUCAUGCCCAACCAAGGUGGAUGAAAAGCAGAGAGCUUCAGUGGGUUUUGGGAAGCUACUGGCCGCCAUGAACACUUUAGGAUUCUCAGCGGAUGAGCAGAAGGCCAUUUGGCAUGUUUUGGCAGGAAUCUACCAUCUCGGCGUCGCAGGAACAUGCAAGGUGGGUCGUAAGCAGUUUAUGAGUUUUGACAGCGCGCAGACGGCCAGCGCCAUCCUGGGUUGUGAGGGAGAGGAGCUCCACACUGCCGUCUUCAAACACCACCUGAGGCAGUUACUGCAGAGAGCCACCGGAGGCGUCAGAGAGCGCCGCACCGCAGAGGAACCAGAGGACGGUCCGAGACUGAGUGCCGCUCAGUGUGUAGAAGGGAUGGCAGCUGGUCUGUAUGAGGAGCUCUUCACCUCUAUUGUGUCCCUCAUCAACAGAGCACUGCACUCUCAGCAGCUGACGCUGGCCUCUGUGAUCGUGGUGGACACUCCGGGCCUGAGGAACCCCAGACACAGCGGUGACGACCGGGCCGCCGGCUUCUCUGAGCUCUGUCACAAUUACUUACAGGAGAGGCUGCUGGAGCAUUACUUCAGCCACACAUUCACACACACGCUGGAGAGAUACACACAGGAGGGAGUAGCUGUCGAUUUCACAGCCCCUGAGACGAGCCCGUCAGAGGUGUUGUGUGCUGUUGACCAGCCUGGAGUGCAGGUUCGAGGACCAGAAGGCGACUCUCGAGGUCUCCUGUGGGUUCUGGAUGAAGAGAUGGUCACUCCGGGCUCCACCGAGAGCACAGUUCUGGAAAGAGUGUGUCAGUUCUUCAGCGGCACAGUGCGCCAGUGCGAGCAGCCUCUGCAGUGUGAGAUCGCUCACCUGAUGGGUUCAGAUCCAGUCCGCUAUGAUCUCUCAGGCUGGUUCGGUCAGGUCCAGAACAACCCCUCUGUCCUUAACGCCAGUUCCCUCCUGCAGAACUCCUCAAUUGGAGCGGUGAAGGCCCUGUUCAGUGGGCGGGCGUCCGUGCCGCCUCUGUGCCGGGGUUUGGGAGGUGUGGAGGGCGGCUCGCAGCGCUCUCUGGAGAGAUGCGGCACGGUGCGGAAGACUCUGAGCGGUGGGAUGGCGGCCCUCAGGAGACAUUCGCAGUGCAUCGCCGUCAAACUGCAGGCGGAUGCUCUGGUGAAUCUGAUUCGGCGAGCGCGGCCGGUCUUCCUGCAGUGUUUGAGUGUGAAGACAGAUGGCUGUGGCUUUGAUGUCCCAGCACUGCGUGUACAGCUGCACUCCACACACCUGCUGCCGGCACUGCAGCUGUACCGAACAGGCUACCCUGAGCACAGGUCCCUGGGUGAUUUCCGGUGUCGUUUUCAGGCCCUCUCUGCUCCCAUAAUGAAGCGAUACGGUUCUGUCUUCAUUACCCCAGACGAGAGGAAGGCUGUGGAGGAAUUAUUGAUUGAUCUGGAUUUGGACAAGAAAAGCAUUGUUUUAGGAGCGAGCAGGGUGUUUAUGAAGCGUGGUGUCCUGAAGUCUUUAGAUCAGCAGAGAGAUCAGUUGUUGAGCGGCUGGCUGGUGCAGCUUCAAGCGUCCUGUCUGGGUCAUCUGGGCCGCCAGAAAUACCGCCGCAUGAAGGUUCAGCAGAUGGCAGUGAGCUGUAUUCAGAGAAAUGUGCGAGUCCUCACUGCAGUGGCCCGCUGGAGCUGGUGGAAGGUGCUGUGCAGAGUGCGCCCCCUUCUGGAUGUCAACAUGGAUGACCAGCGGCUCAGAUCCAAAGAGGAUGAGAUCACUGCUCUGAGGAGACGUCUGGAAAAGUCAGAGAAAGAACGAAAUGAGCUGCGUCAGACUGCAGACAACCUGGAGACCAAGGUUACGGCUGUUGUAUCUGAAUUAAGUGAUGAGAGGUUCAGAGGGGAGGCCGUGAGUCAAGCUCUAGACACUGAGCGCACAGAGAGACUGCGCCUCGCCAAAGAGAACAAGGAACUGCAGAGUCGUGUGGAACAGAGUAAAGUGUCUUUGGAGGCCCUCGAGAGGCAGUUAGAGGAAGAAAAACAGAAAGUCAAGAAUAAAGAAGCUCUCAGCGGAGUGGCGACAGAAAGUGAGCUGCAGCUGCAGCUGGAAUGUGCGCAGACAGAGGUGGAGUUCCUGCGCAGGCGUCUGCGGCAGUCGGAGGAAAGACUUGAUGGUGAGAAAGAGGCCCGUCAGCUAUUGGAUACAAAGGUAAAGGAACUGCAGUCUCAGCUUGAUCAAUCCAAACGCUCAGUGACAGAGCUAAAACGCCACUGCAGGCGGUUGACCUCCGACCUUCAGGAUGCCCGUGUGCUGACAGACAGCCUGCAGGGCCGCGCUCACGAGCUGGACAGGAAACAGAGGAGGUUUGACAGCGAACUGACCCAGGCGCUGGAACAGGCUGAUAAUGAGAGGGAGCAGAAGGAGAGAGCCAUCCAGGAGAAUACCGCCCUCGGUGCAGAGAUCUUCACCCUUCGCAAGAUGCUCAAGGAGAGUCAGGUGGAGGUCACGCACCUGCAGCAGCAGAAGGAGGAACUGUGUGCUCAGAUCCGUGACCUGAGCAUCCCGCUCCACCUCACCUCUGACUCCAUCCCUGAACUGAAGAAGAAGUUCCGUGAACUGGAGACCAGAGACAAGGAGCGCUCAGACGAGAUCAGCCAGAUGACUGCCAGAAUCAAACAGCAGGAGCAGAUGCACCUUCGCUUUGAGAUGGAGAUGGAAAGGAUGAAACAGAUCCAUCAGAAGGAGCUGGAGGACAAGGACGAGGAACUGGAGGACGUGCAAAAGUCCUCACAGAGACGGCUCCGACAGCUGGAGAUGCAACUGGAACAGGAAUAUGAGGAAAAACAGAUGGUGGUUCAUGAGAAGCAUGACUUAGAGGGGCUGAUUGCCACACUGUGUGAACAGCUGGAGGAUAGUGAAGCCAGACGCUUGGAGUCUGAAAGCGCACAGAAGACUCUGGCUGCAGAGCUAGAAAAUGCUCAAAUCGAACUGGAGAGCAUCUGCAAGCAGAAGAGCCUGGUGGAUGAGCAGCUGGCUCAGCUCCGCUACGAGAGGACGGACCUGAUGAAGAGGCUGGAGGAAGACCAGGAGGAUCUCAACGAGCUCAUGAAGAAGCACAAAGCCCUCAUCGCUCAGUCUUCCAGUGAUAUCUCUCAGAUCCGAGAGCUUCAGGCUGAAAUGGAGGAGCUGAAGAAACAGAGACAGGCCCUACAGGAGGAGCUGCAGACCAGCGUAGCACGUGUGCAGUUUCUAGAGUCGUCCACUGUGGCCCGCAGCAUCGUAAGCAAGCAAGAAGCUCGUAUCUGUGAUCUAGAGAACAAACUGGAGUUCCAGAGAGGACAGGUCAAGAGAUUUGAGGUGCUGGUUCUGCGUCUGCGGGACAGUGUGGUGCGGCUGGGUGAGGAGCUGGAGCAGGCAGCCCAGGCCGAGGCCAGGGAGAGGGAGAACUCCCGAUACUAUCAGCAGAGACUGGCGGAUAUGAAACUGGAAAUGGACGACCUGAGCAUCAGAGAACAGGAGAGCAGCCGUCGACGCAUGGAGCUGGAAAUGCAAGUGGAAGAGCUUAGCGCAGUAAGACAGACCCUGCAAGCUGACCUAGAGACAUCAAUCCGGCGAAUCGUUGAUCUACAAGCCACGCUGGAGGAGGUGGAGUCCAGCGAUGAAAGUGAUACAGAAAGUGUGCAGACGGCUGUGGAGUCCUUCUCUAGAAGGAAAGAUCUCGACACCAUGUCCAGCGUCGGAUCCAGUGUGGGUACUGAAGACGUCGGCGAAGGGAUCCGUCAGUGGGCAGGUGUACCACGAGGAGGCAGAACUUCUCCUUACGCAGGAAGCAGCUCCGGCCGCCAGUCUGUUACCGACACCAUGAGCACCUACAGUUUCAGAUCUUGCACUCAAGACCUUGACAAAGACGUCAAAGAAAGUUUCAGUGGUCUUGGCAGAGCGUCGUCAUCCACGGCC